CCUACGUUAAAUAAAUUAAAAAAAAACAUUUAAACAAUUGCUGAUUUUCCCCCCAAGUAUUUGUUUUCUAGACGUUUCCGGGCGAGGCCUCGGUUGCAGCCGGACUGGCCGCACGGGCCGUGACAUGUCGAACGAGGAGAGUUACAAAGCGAUCAUCCGGUACCUGACCAACGAGAAGGAACCUUAUGCGCCGGGGACCGAGGGCAACGUCAAGAGGAAGAUCCGCAAGGCCGCCGCCUGCUACGUGGUGCGGCGCGGAACCCUCUACUACCAGAAGAAACGCAAGGACCGCGACGAGUUCGACGAGCUAGAGGUGGUGUUGGAGGCCGACACCCGCCGGGGGCUGAUCACUUCCUUCCACGAGAGCGCCGAGGGCUUCCACUUCACCCGGGACCAGACGUGGAGGAACAUCUCCGGGAGCUACUGGUGGAGAGGUAUAUUUAAGCAGGUGAAAGACUACAUCAAAGAAUGUAUUCAUUGCAAGGAAAAGAUCGACCGAAACAAAUCAAUAUGUGCCGAUACAAUGGAAAUCCUGGAACAGCUUGGUAUAGAUGCUCCGAUGGUGGGUAAUGGCAAUGAAACUGAUGAUGAGUUGAGUAAUUCUGAAGGACGGUCUGACGCUCCCCCCAGGCCUACCAGAAAGAAAACAGUCCAGAAGCAGGAAUUGGUGUUUGUGGAUAGCAAAGGUCUUGUGAAACAGGAAUCUGAAAAACACUGUCAAAUUGUGUUGGAGCAAUUAAACUUUCAGAGGCUAUCCAACCAAUUCUGUGAUGUCACACUACUAAUUGAGGGCGAGGAGUACAAAGCCCAUAAGUCGAUUCUGGCUGCAAGCAGUGAAUAUUUUCGAGAGCUCUUCAUUGAAAAGGGAGCAGUCUCGAGUCAUGAAGCUGUUGUGGACCUUUCAGGGUUUAAUAAAACAAGUUUUCUUCCAUUGUUGGAAUUUGCCUACACAUCGGUCUUGGCAUUUGAUUUCUGUCAUAUGGCUGACGUUGCUACAUUGGCACGUCAUCUACUGAUGCAUGAAGUUCUGAAGAUAUGUGAACAUGUACAUAAACAACUGGAGGAAAGGAAGAUUACAGUGUACCAAAAGGGCGAUGUAAAAACUGUAAAUUCCAAAGUCGAUGGGGCAGAAGUGGAGUUGCCUCUGGAUGUUAAUACUUUAGAACACCCAGAGCCCAGAGCUGUUGAAAGCAAUGCUGAUGGCUCCAUUACUGUGGUACUGCAACAGUCUAUACAAAUUCCUGUAACUGCUGAAGCCUCUGCAUCUGGUGUAGAAGAUGAGCCCCCAAAAGAAGCUGUAAUGUUUGAAUCAGAGGUGACACAGACAGCUGAAGACCUGACGAUUCAGCCAAUUCAGGGGAUUAUGGAGUGCUCUGCAGAAGACACUGGUGCUGAAAACAGCCAGGCUAAUGAGCAAAUUGAACCAGUCGAGUCUAGGGUAAGCAUGCCAAAUCUAGAAAGUAUAGACAACAAUAAUACCCAGGACGUGGCAGAAACUCCCUCUACUGAAGAACCAAUGGACGUGCCUGCUGUUAAUGGGACUGAGAAUGAGAUUCAAGUAAAGGAGGAGGUACUGGAAACUCUGAGUACAAGUGCAUCAGAUCUGCCAAAACGUAAACGUGGUAGGCCUCCAAAAUUACAUGACAAACAGAAAACUGUUGCUGUUGCCUCUUCUUCCAAAUGUCUUUUAGAUGAUACUUACAAAAGCAGGUUACGAGAACGUACAUUGGCUGAAGGUGGAUAUAUUCGGUUGCAUAAAGGCACAGAGAAGAAGUUACGAGCCAGAAAAAGCAACCUAAAAUCUGCAACGCAGCAGGUUGCCCAGAAAUUAGUGAAGAGAGGUAGAAAGAUGCAACCAAAGCGAACUACCAUUGAGGGAGACGAUGCAGAGGUGAAGCAUAAAUGUAAUGAAUGUGAAAAAACCUUCCCAAAGCGUUACACCUUGAUGAUGCACAUGAAGACCCACAACAAAUUGAAGGAAUUUAAAUGUCCGCUAUGUGAGAAAGAGUUCCUCUACAAAGCCUCGCUGCUGUCUCAUCUUCUGCGCCACAAAAGAAGCAAUGAGCAAAUAGAUGAGAGUCCUGGGAGAAGGACAAAGCGACAGUUCAUCUGUGACAUCUGUGGAAAAACAUUGCCAAAACCUUAUAACCUGCGACUUCAUAUGCUGAAGCACACCGGUGUUAAGCCACAUGUGUGCAAGAUAUGUGGAAAGACUUUUGGCUACAAACAUAGCCUAAGACUACACAUGGCUCACCAUGGAGGGAAAAGGGAAUUUAGCUGUGAUAUAUGUGAAAAACUAUUUGCUACAAAGCGCAGUCUUCAGGAGCACAAUAGUGUUCACACAGGUGAAUCCAAGUACCUCUGUCCGACUUGUGGAAAAUGUUUUAAACGUGCCUCUGGCCUCAGCAAACAUUUAAAGAGACAUUUGCCGAAACCUGCAAUCAGAAGCUUUCAAUGCACCCAGUGUGAACGAAGUUUUUAUGAAGCACGUGAUCUGCAGCAACACAUGUACAAGCACCUUGGGGUUAAACCAUUUCAGUGCCAGAUCUGUGGGAAGUGUUACAGUUGGAAGAAGGACUGGUAUUCUCAUGUAAAAGCACAUUCUGUUACAGAGCCAUACAAGUGUAAUGUUUGUGGAAAAGAAUUCUUUGAAAAAGCUCUUUUUAGACGACAUGUCAAAAAGGCCACUCAUGGCAAGAAAGGCAGAGCUAAACAGAUGCUCGACCGUACCUGUGAGCACUGUGGGAAGAAGUUUUCACAACUUAGAGAAUAUCGGAGGCACAUGAACAAUCAUCAAGGUGUGAAGCCAUUUGAAUGUUUGACCUGUGGAGUAGCCUGGGCUGAUGCACGCUCACUUAAACGACAUGUGCGGACACAUACAGGAGAACGGCCUUAUGUCUGCCCGAUAUGUAAUGAUGCCUACAUCGAUGCUCGUAGUUUACGUAAACAUAUGACUAAGUUUCAUAAAGAACAUGUUCCUGGCAAAAUAAUGUUAGAGAAAGACACUCUUCAGUUUCAUAAUCAAGGAACGCAAGUAGAACAUGCCAUCAGAAUCUUAGCUGCAGAAAUGCAAGAUGAACUGGACAAAUCGGAUUUAGUUGGCGAGGAAAUUGAGACUCUCAUCGUGAGCGGAGAAGCUGUGGAGGCGGUUGAAGCGGUCGAGGCAGUGGAAGCAGUCGAGGCAGUGGAAGCGGUCGAGGCAGUGGAAGCUGCGGAGGCUGUGGAGGCAGUGGAAGCUGUGGAGGCAGUGACCGCAGUGGAAUCUGUUGAAGCUGUUGGUGUGGAAAACCAGGACGAGACACUGCCCAGGCUAACGGAUCAUGGAAUUAUGCAGGUGGUUAACUAUGUAUUAUCUCAACAACAAGGACAGAAGCUUAAUGAAGUUGAUGAAACUGUGGAAGUGGAGGUUGCUCAAAUUGGAGAGGCUGAAGAAAAUGUGCAAGAAAACUGAAAAGUUUGGGACAUAUCCUGAAUAUUGAUUGUAUACAUUAUCAAAUGUGGGCACUUGUUUAUGUUUAAACCAUUCUUCCCUAAUAACAUCGUGGUCCUGCAAUGGCUAGAAAUAAGUAACUGGCAGACUUUUCUAAGUAUUUCUUGGACUCCUCACAAAGCAGUAAUUCAAAGUGGACAAGUAAUAAUGAUAAAGGGAAGGUUUGAAUAUUGAAACCAAAAGAUAUUUCUUGCAUUUGAGUGGUACUUGUAGCAUUCUGCAGUAAAGCUUGAGCUACCAGCAAUUUUAGCAGCAAUCGCAUUUUUUUUCCCAUUGCUUCCUUGUUUUAAGCAUUGAUAAAUUCAAUGGAAACUAUCCUUUAUCAGUAUUUUAUGCAGGAGAUCUGAAUUUUGUAGAUUGCAACUCAUAAGCAUCCAUAAAUUAUUUAAACAGGCAAAUAUUUACCUGUGUAAAAUUUGACUAAUUUCUUGUGCACUAUACCAGAAAGAAUGGGUCAGAUUGUAAAAACAAGGAACUGCAGAUGCUGGUUAAUACACCAGCAGUUCGUGUCCAAUGGGUCAGAUACAUAACCUGAGCAUGGAAGAGGGGAACUGGCCUCAUUUACCAUGUACCUUUUAGAAGAAAUCAGUAGAAUUUGAAUUUAACUGGGUGAAAGAUGUUUAUAAGCACAAUGUUUGUUCUGAAUAAAUAAAAAAAUAAAGGUUAGAUUUCUAAAUUCUCAGUUCAAUUUCAACAUGAGGCCGGCCCUGUUGGGAUUAUUUAAGAUUUUGACAAAUGGUUCUUCAUUUCCAAGUUGAGUCCUGAUGAUUCCAUUACUGUUAACUUCCAUAAAAUUAUUAGUAUAGGAGAAACAUAGGGCUGCCAUCCAUCCCAUCAUAUGCUAGUCGUGCUAAAUUGGCUAAGGUGAAGCUCAUCUUGAAUACAUUUGGAAAUCCCUUAAGGUUGUUACAUUCUUCUGUGAAAUUGCACAAUUCGGUUGUAAGGAAAGUGUUGUAAAUCUAGAAAUACUGAUCUUGGGUCACAACAAGAGCAAGUUUACCUUUUUUUUUUGUCCAAUAGGAGGCCUUUGGUGGGCAAAUGAGUGAAAUGUGAUUUAUGUAAAUAAAUGGGGAUAUAAUACGUUUAUGCAUGUCUACAAGUUUCCAAAUUCAGUCACUGUUAAACUAUGUAUAUGUGACUUUAAAAAUAAUUUGCAAAAAACCUCCAUGUAAUAUAGAACACUGAGAAGUUGGCUGUUUUCCUAAUGAUCUUGAGGCAUUCCAGAAAUAUAUAUUAGGCAAAAACAAUUUAAAGGUGCAAUCAGGAUUUUUGUUUGGAAAUUCUGUCUUGUCUGGCUAUAAGCUUUCAUGCACAAUUAUUAAAAAGAAACUAUUAAGUCUCA